ACCGAAAUGAAACUACAAACUGGAGAAAGUGAGAGCCAACGUAGGCUAUACGGUUGGUACCGGUAACCAUCAGGCAGGCAGGCUGGCAAGUGAGCGAGUAAGUAAGUAAGCUGGCAGGCAGAGAGAUAGUCAGGAAGGCCAACAUCGGGACUAGGUGCUUGGUGUAGAGCCUGUAGCCAUCAGUCGACCGUGUAGAGGCUCUCACGGGUCUACACACGCGGCUCUCAGUGUCCCUAGUAAUCGACUACAGGUUUAACAUUUCCGUACAAACAUUUAACAAGUCCGAAUGUAGCUGAUAUUUGAGAAUAUCUAGUCCCGGGUGUCGGUUCGCGGGUCCAGCUGCAAGUGCACUUAAAAGUAAUCCGGUUACAGUGGUUCCUCUUGGUUUCCGGCUUGAAUUUCAAAAUUUCCGAAAUUUCGAAAUUUCUAUUUUGUAUUACAUUUUUCGUUCUUCCUUUUACUCUUGAGACAAGAAUGGUACUUUUAAAUAAUCAGUGAGAAAUACGGCAAGGAACUCUUUUACCCUGGAAUUGGAUUCUGUUAUUUUGAAGUUGAACCACCGGAAGCCGCAAUUGGAAAUGCGGAACGAGGAAUCGAAUGGGACUCAUCGAGGAUACGAGAGAAGCGCGAAUUUUGAUUUAGUGUGAAAGUGAUACCUUGGUGCUGUUGUGAUUUCUGUGCUGCUAGAAAGUGUCGAUUUCCUUUCUUCUUCAACAUUUCUUUUCUUUUUCGUCCUUUUCUCGUGAGAGCCGACGCACGUAAUUUUAUUUGGAAAUUUGGAUUGACCGACGAUACUUUACAGAAAGUCGUGAUAAUGAAGCUGGCCAAUUUGCAACUCCGCUUUCUCCUAGUGCUCGUGUUUAUCUUGAGUACAAGUUGGGUAUCCGGAAGUGAUUCAGAUAUAUUGAAAAUUGAAAGGAGCCAGGAGGCAAAUUUAUUGGAGGAUAUCCAGCUAGACGGAAAUGCCGCUACUAAUUUUAAUAAUAGGACAGGAAGCACCGAUAUUGUCAGAAGGAAAAGAUAUGUCAGAUUCCCAUCGGCACCGGGUCAUCCUUACGAAGUCCCCGCAACCGGAAGGGCUGCUGGGUAUACUGGUAAUUAUUUUGGAUCUCAGUAUCCUCAGUCUUGGAGGCAACACAAAACUGCAUGGAGGAGUCCGGUAGCUGGUGCCGAUUACGUAAGACCUGUCAUGGGUCAUAGAACUCCACGAUUGAUCUUUCGCGACAAUGACUUCCCGUCAUCCUUCGGCAUUUCCGGUACAUCGUUCUUUCAAUCGAAUCAACUGCAGGAACCGGAUGACGAUAUUCGAGAUUAUCGUAAGCAGAUUUUCAACGAGUUUCCUAGAGUCGAUACCGAGACACGAAAACGUAAGAGAUCACCUUGGGAGGGCGACGAUUCUUUAUGCGUCGAUGGCGGAAGCUGCGAAUUCUUUCUAAUGUGCUGGAUGUCCGCCGGGCUUUUGGAUGGCGCUUGCGGCGGCAUUAUGUUCGCCUGCUGUAAACGAAAAGGCGCGAAAUCUAGCUCAGAUUAUAACACGCUCGACUCGCCUAAAGAUCAGACUCACCUGCUUGCGAUGAAGUCGUACACGAAGACCAUCAAUGACAAUCGUUGCGGUAUCUCAGUUUCCAAGCAGACUGCACAGAGACGUAUUGUCGGUGGGGACGAGGCUGGUUUUGGCAGUUUUCCCUGGCAGGCGUAUAUCAGAAUAGGAUCUAGCAGAUGCGGCGGGACUUUAGUGAAUCGUUAUCAUGUGGUAACUGCUGGACACUGCGUAGCUAAGGCGUCCGCACGACAAGUGCAGGUCACUCUUGGAGAUUACGUGGUGAACUCAGCUUCAGAAACCUUACCGGCUUACACGUUUGGCGUUCGAGAAAUUCGCGUGCAUCCCUACUUCAAAUUUACACCCCAGGCUGACAGAUUUGACGUGGCGGUACUUCGACUGGAUCGACCUGUACAUUACAUGCCUCAUAUAGCACCUAUUUGUUUACCUGAGAAAAAUGAGGACUUCCUGGGUCAGUACGGCUGGGCUGCCGGCUGGGGUGCUUUGCAAGCAGGAUCACGACUGAGACCUAAGACUCUACAGGCGGUGGAUGUUCCUGUGAUAGAUAAUCGUGUAUGCGAGAGAUGGCACCGUUCAAAUGGCAUAAAUGUCGUCAUCUACGACGAGAUGAUGUGCGCUGGUUAUCGGGGUGGCGGGAAGGAUUCUUGUCAGGGCGAUAGCGGUGGACCAUUGAUGAUGGAAAAGACCGGCAGAUGGUAUCUGAUUGGUAUUGUAUCCGCUGGAUAUUCCUGCGCCCAACCUGGACAACCUGGCAUCUAUCACCGGGUAGCGAAGACCGUCGAUUGGAUAUCCUAUGUGAUAAAUUCGUAGCGUUUUGUAAAAGAGAAAGAGAGAGAGAGAGAGAGAGAAAGAAAAAAGUGUCGAGUAUAAAGUAGGAAUGAGGAAGAGAGGAAAUCGUUGAAGCUAGAGGAACUUUAACCUCGAUGCUGUAAUCUUGCUGUCUGCGUUGCAACGUAACAGCGCAGAUGAUCAUCUUGUAAUUUAUUCAUCCAAUUAAUGAUCUACUGUACGGUCAACCCUAAUUGUAAAAUAUUUAUCAACUCGAAAAUUCUUUUCGUCACGUUCCUCGAGACUGUUUGAUUAAUACACGUGUCAUUGAACCUCUCAUGGUGAACCUUUAAUGUUAGCAAUAGCUUUUGAUUAUGUCAUUUUUUUUUUGUUUUAGAUAAGUAGCUUUCUAUUGUGAGUGCAAGCGCGCGUGAGUCGUAACGAUUGUGUGUGUUUUUUAUAUAUAGUAUACAUGUCGAUGUACAGCGAACAAAAGUUAGAGUUAGUAUCCUCCGAUACUAUUUUUAUUUGAUAAAUCAAAAUGGUGGAAGAA